CAUCUUUCCAUAUAAACACGACGCCUGUAAAAAUAUGUUCAACACGAAUAGUACUGGAAACACAUCACACAACGUUCGACAAUAAUUCACAAUAUGGCUGAGCGUAGAAAAAAUAAAAAGAGAAAAGAUAAUUUACCUGACAAAGCAGAAUUAGAUAAACCAUCAAAAGAAGAAUAUGCUGUCGCUAAAUGGAUUCGAGAUAAUGUACCAUCAAAAAAAACAAAGUUCAUCAGCCAUAAUGUCGAAUACUUUACUGGAUCACGUGCCGUUGGAGCAUUAUUGGAAAAUUCUCCAUGGAACAAAACAAUAUUUGAGACAAGAGAGCAAGUUGUCAAAUUUUUGGAUACUAUGUUAAGACAUAAAUUUUUUCAUCGUGCAAAAAAGAUUAUUGUGACAGAAGAAGAACUUAACAAACUUCGUGGAUCCAAAAAAAAGGGAAAAGACUGUUCAAAAGAAGAGAAAAAAGUAACAGAAAAAGAGAAUACAGAUAAUGAUGGUAAAGAAAAAGAACAAGAUGAAAAUAAAGACAGAGAGCCGAAAAAGAAACCAAAAGUACGAUUGGAAAUGCACAUGGAGCAAUAUUUCUCAGAUUGCAAUGAUGCAUAUGUAUGGAUUUAUGAACCUAUUCCCGUUUAUUAUUGGUUCUUCGGUACCUUGGUAGUCCUUGGAGCAAUAGGACUUUGUCUCUUCCCUCUAUGGCCCUCAACAAUUCGUCAAAGUGUUUAUUACCUCAGUAUAGCAGCUGCUGGUUUCUUUGUAUUUAUUUUAGCUUUAGCUAUCAUACGAAUCAUUGUAUUUUGUCUCAUAUGGGUGCUCACACUUGGCAGACAUCACUUCUGGUUAUUACCAAAUCUUGCUGAAGAUGUUGGUUUCUUUGCUUCUUUCUGGCCAUUAUACCAAUAUGAAUACUACGGUCCUGGAUGUGAAAAGAAAAACAAGAAAAAGAAACGCAAGAAAGACAAAGACUCUGACUGUGAAGAACCAUUAAUAUCUCAAAGGGAUGAUGAAAAAAAUAAUGAAAAAAAUAAAAAUAAUGUUGAAAAUGAUAAGCGAAAUGUUGAAACAAGAACUGAAGAAGAUGGAAGUGGUGAAGAUGGUUCAGAAAGUGAAAAAUCUAAUACAGGAAAAGAUUUUGAAAUUGUGCAGCACACAGAACUAGAAGAUAAAUAGGUGAAAUUAAUUGUUUAUUUCUAAAUUAAUGACAAGUUACAGGUAAUAAUUUUUAUUACCAGUAUAUAUAAUUGCAUGGUUUAAUCUCAUGAUAAAAAACAGAAAAAAGCGAAAAAUAAUACAAAUGAUAUUAAUUUCAUGUCAACAAUGAAAUAUCUCUGGAGUUUUUUCCACUAUUGCAUUUACAACAAUACACAGAUAUUUAUGUUCUUUUUUAAGUAAAAUAAGGAAAAAGCAAAUCAUCCGUCAAAUUUACUGUUACUUUUGAUUACAUUGAUAUGAUAUUAAUAUCUAUUUAGACUAUGAAAAGAUUAAUAUUUUAAUUAUAAUUCGUAAAUGUCCUUGUACAAAUUGCUCAUAGUUAAUAUUGAUAAUAUUUGUAACAUGCUAAAUUUUUACUUUGCGUAGCGAGAAAGAAUUCCAAAAGAGAUUAACUGGGUAGGUGCAUUAGAUUGAUUAUUACUACAGAUUUAUUAUUUAUAUUUUUAUGUGGCGAGUCUGACAUUUAUUAUUGAAUAUUUUAUGUAUAUUAUAUAAUACAAAAAGAAAUAAUCAUAUUUUAGAGAAGAACAUGAGUCGUACAAGAAAGUAAAAAGAUGAUAAACAAAAAUUGACUGCAGUGUCAUUUGCAAAAAUAAAUAUUCAAAAAAGUUUUUACUGUA